UGGAGGCAGUGCGCACCACAGAGAUAGAAACAGAGGACAUGGAACUGCUCCUAGAAGAGCUCGAGUAGAUCCCAGUGGAGCCUGUAGAUGUCAACAGGGUCCUGCAACUGGAAGAAGCCCUGCUGCUGCAGUUGGAAUCUCCGGAGGAGAGUCCCCCCCCCCCCCCGACAACGUAAGAGGAGACCCGCCCGACCGGAGUGGUAAUAGCUUGAUCCCAGAUCAAGUGUUCGCUGUACAUGGACAACGUGACCGUCUUCUGCGCUGACCAGCCAUCAGUGAGAGCACUCGUCCAGACCUGCGAGGACUUCAGCAAAGCUUCAGGAGCCAAAGUCAACUGCGGGAAGUCAGAGACCCUCCUCCUCUGGACUGGAACCUCCUCUGUCAGACAAAAGAUUGGCCUCUGGAGCCUCAGAGACCUCACCAUUGAAGGGAAGACACUGGUGCUGCGGAGAUACUUCCAGUCCUGCAGUACAUGGCCCAAGCAUGGCCACCUCUGGCUACGGUCUGCAGGGCCCAUCACAAGGGCAGUCUUCAACUUCAUCUGGGGCUCCAAGAUGGACAGAGUAAAGCGGUCAGUUAUGUACAAGGCCCCCUGCAAAGGUGGAAAAGGAGUUCCAGACAUCCCCAACCUGCUGAGGAGUUUCUUCGUAUGUAACUGCAUCCGCCAGAUGAUCAUGGGCAAAGAAAAGGACUCUGUUGGCAGCUCCAUGUCCCGCUUUUUUCUUCUUCCACUUUGGCGUUCGCUGGGGUGGGACAAGUGGGACAGCUCCUACCCUUACAACUGGAACACCCCUUGGUUUUACCUGGAUGUUACAAAGUUUGUGAGGGAACACCAACUGGAGGAAGUCAAGCCCGACUUGUGGAAACCAAAGACAAUUCACAAGUUGAUCAGAGCCAAAGACGCGAUGGAGUCUAUUCCAGGGCUCCCAGCGGACACAGUUAAGGUUGUUUGGGGGAAUGUUUCUUCAGACAGUCUGUCCAACAAGCACAAGGACAUGUCGUGGAUGGCUAUUCGGGGGGGGCUUCCCCUCAGAACCUUCAUGCAUGCCCGUAACCUGUGCAGGUACCGGCAUUGCCCACGGUGCAUCAUUUAUGAGGAAACAUCUUUGCACACUUUUUGGGAUUGCCAAUUUGCCCAGGUUCUGCUUGAUGCCCUGGAACAUGAACUCAAAGACUGUGUGCCCAGAAAUCUCCUUACGCACCAUGCGGUGCUCUACGGGCUUUUCCAGGGCACCCACACGGAAGGGGCAAUUCAGGAAGCCUGGCGCCUUAUAAACUGUUUUAAGGACGUUUUGUGGUAUUUCACGAACUGCCUCAUUCUGAGGAGAGAGAGGAUGACAAUCCAAGACUGCCACAGACUGGUUCACAGUCUGUUCCGGGACUACAACAUCCGGGACAGCCUUGAGGAAGAAGAGGACUGAAAACCCCUCUCCUUCUCCCCAUCCCUCCCUUGUUGUCUAAGUUUAAGUGGAAAAUAAAGCUUUGGGCAUUUCAAACUCCACAUCCCUCCCCCAUCUCCCACCCCCCCAUCCACUCCCCCCUACCUCCAUUGCUUUAUUAUGAAAGUAUAUUGUGCAGUAUUAUGCAAAAGUGAUGAAUGAUUGAGAAAAUGUUUGUUUUUUGUAUAUUUAUAUUAUAUAUAUAUUAUAAAGUAUAUUUUUCAAUAAAAAUAUGCUGCUAUUUCUCUGUCCCCCUGGAAACAGGAAUUACAUAGGAUCAUUCUAUUGGUGAUGUAUGUAGGUUUCUACCUUUUUUAUCACUUUUUAUUUUAUAACUGUUUUAUAACUUGUAUGUCAUUUUGUAACAUUCACUGUUUUUAUAUAAUAUAUGCACUGUCCACUUUGGAUUAUUAAAUAUAAAAUGUAAUAA